CAAAGUUUGGCGUGUUUCUGACUGAAACCUGCUUUUCUCUCUUUCUCUCUCAAGCACUAUAAAUUGGAUUUGAGAGGCAACUGCUUUUUGCAUUUACCAGGAACGCCCGCAAGAAUAAUGCUCUGCAUAUACAUUUUUUUCGUUUUUCUCCCGUAAACAAAUCAAUCGAGAAGGCAAAACAAAAUACUGCACAGUCGGUAAAGGAAAUAUCAAUGAAAAAGGGAAGAUUGAAAAAGAGGAGUUUUCUUUUCAUUUCAUUCUCAAACGCAGGAGCCUUUCAAUUCCCUUUUUACUAUUCUGAAACCUCAUCAUCUCCAUUUCCUUUUGACUUCUUCUAGCUUGUAAAUUGUGAGUGUUCCUCAAUUUUUUUCAACUUUUAUUCUGGGUUUGAUUUUUUUUUUUUUUUGGUUCUUUGUUUUGUUUUUUGUGGAAUUAUUACUUCAGUUGGGAGCUCUUAUUUCUCCGUGGUCUUUGUCGUGUUUCGUGCUCAUUGAUUUGAUUUUAUCUCUUUAUCAAAUUAUUAGCAAUGGCAUUGGCCACUCCUGCCUCAAAAAACCACAUAUUUGUAUUAAAAGAUCCUUCUGUUUCAUUGGCUGGCCGCUUUGUGGGAACUCCUUUUGCCUGUGUCAAUUAGUUCCCUUUCAAAUUCCUAUCUUCCAAAACCAGAGUCUAUGACCUUAUCUUCGGAUUCUUGUUAAGUUCCUUUCACUUCCCUAUCUUCAUGUCCCAAAAAUCAACAAACUAAGAUUUCCUAUUUCUCUAACAGCUCUCACUUUCCACUUGUGUCCAUGAUUGAGUUUCAGCUUUCAAUCCUUUCAAUCUUUUCUCCCCUUUUUCGUCUUCUCUUUUGAUCUCUUUCUAAAUCAUGCACCGUCAAAUGUCAAUAUAUAUACAAAAGUUCCAAGAUACUAGUUUUUUUUUUCCAAGUACAGACGUACCAAAUAGAAGGCCAAACUUUUUCCAGGGCAUUAUCAGAGACUUCGAUCCAAUCCUUAAAAAUCUGAUAUACAAAAACUUAUAAUUCUUUUCAAUGAUUGGGAAAUUUUACCCAUUUUUCAUUUUCCACCCUGUCUUCGGUCUUCCUCUCUGUAAAGCGUUAAAGACUUAAAAUCCAAUUCUUUUUUGAAACAAAUAUUCACCAAAAAGGAUGAACCUGCCUUAUUAUAUUGAGAGUUCCUUUCUCUUUCUUUUUAACUCUUUUCUUUUCCGUCUACGUUUCUUCCUUGGAAGCUGUCUCUGUUUCCCCUGCAACUAGCUCUUUUAUAUUCUCGUUGAAUUUCUUCAUUUACCUUAACCUCAUUAAACUAUCAAGUCUUCACUCAAAAUAUAGAUAACCAAAGCCUUUUCCCUUCGACUCUUCUGGGUACCCUGAUUUGCCACCCGUUUUUGUUUUUUCUUGAAGACUCUCUAUUUAAUUCACGAUGAUAUAUGAUUUUCCCUGAAAUAUCUUCGCCAUUUAAAACGAAUUAAUCAAUAAUCCAUUAUAAAAUCCGCCAACUUGUUUUUGAUCUUGGUUUUUAAAUUUCCCUUGCUCAGGCGGUUUCAGCAAUGAGAACAAAUAUGAGAAACAUCUCCAAGUCUUCGUGGCCUAAAGUGAUCGUGAGAAAAUGGUUGAAUAUACCGAGUGGAACAGACGAGUUUCAAUCCGAUUACACAAUAAACGGUGAGACUGAUGAAAGAAGAAGGAGUUGUUCUGACGAUGAUUAUUAUGUGAUCGUACCGGAAGAUCUCUCAGAAGGCUGGAUGAUGGAAGCUGCCGGAGGAAUUAAACCGCCGAAAAUUAUGCCGGCGGCAUCACCACCUGUCACCGAUUCGCUCAACCUCAGGAUGUUUGUAGCGACAUGGAAUGUCGGAGGGAAGUCACCCCACGAGGGUUUGAACUUAAGACAUUGGUUAAUGUCACCGGCUCCUGCUGACAUCUACGUUCUUGGGUUGCAGGAAAUCGUUCCUCUAAAUGCUGGCAACGUGCUUGGAGCUGAGGACAAUGGACCGGCUGACAAAUGGCUUUCCCUUAUUCGUCAAGCUCUGAAUACCAACCGAAGUGACGAAGAACUUGCUCAAUGUUACAGCAACGCCACUGAAGCAACGAGUCCAUCCUCACCUCAGCUUGAGCAGCAAGCAAGCCUGAAGCCUAGGAUCAGCUUUUCUGACUUACCCUCAAGGGAAGAUGAAGUUGGCAAAGAGGAUUUUGAAGGAUUGAUGAACUUGAAUUCAAAUUCAAGCGAAGAAGGCUCUCCUAGUCCCAUUUGCAUGUCGGGCAGUCCUGUGAGGCGACGCUUCUGCCUAGCUGCAAGCAAGCAAAUGGUAGGGCUUUUCUUGUGUGUGUGGGUUCGAGCUGAUCUUUACGAGCAUAUUAGCAACCUCAAAGUCUCAUGCGUUGGCCGUGGCAUCAUGGGAUAUCUUGGAAACAAGGGUUCAAUAUCCAUUAGUAUGACAUUGCACCAAACAACAUUUUGUUUUGUUUGUACCCACUUGACUUCCGGGGAGAAAGAAAGGGAUGAGAUCAGAAGAAAUUCUGAUGUUGCAGAAAUAUUAAAGAGAACAAGGUUUUCUCAUUCAUUUAGAGAUCUCAGACAGCCACUUCCUCCGCAGAGCAUUUUAGACCAUGAUAAGAUUAUUUGGUUAGGGGAUUUGAACUAUCGGCUUGCUGCGAGUUCUGCUCAUACACAUGAAUUACUGAAGAAGAAUGACUGGCAAGCACUUCUAGAGAAGGAUCAGCUAAGGAUAGAACAAAGGGCUGGCCGGGUGUUUAAAGGGUGGGAAGAAGGCAGGAUAUACUUUGCUCCAACUUACAAAUAUCUAUCCGAUUCUGAUGACUAUGUGGUCCAAACAUCUAAAUCUAAAGAAAAACGGCGUAAUCCUGCCUGGUGCGAUAGGAUUCUGUGGAAAGGCGAAGGACUUAAGCAGGUAUGGUAUUCAAGGGGAGAGUCUAGGUUCUCGGAUCACAGACCAGUUUAUUCCCUCUUCUCAGUCCAAGUAGAUUUAGCAAACAAGCUCAUAUCCACCUCUAGAACCUGCCCAUCAAGAUUUUCAGCAAAAUCUGCCUUGUCAUCAGCAUGUAUGGCCAAGGUCCAAGCUGAGGAACUUUUGCUAAUUCAUAAGGGCACAAAGCUGCCUAAAUGCAACUUCCAGUUUUUGACUCCUCAUUCUCAUGUCCAAAAAAUGGCCCAGCGAUCGUGAAGUUGCAGCUGUAAUCGUCUGACAGAUUGAGUACUGGUGCAAAAACUGAUAAGCAUCCUUCAUACCCGUGUUGGCCCCGGCAUUUUUUAGGGGUUGAGAUUGUGUGCUGGGUAUCGACGAUGUUCAUGGUGGAUAGUAUGGCCUGCUAGUAGGAGCAUUUCUUGGCUCAUGCAGCGGAAGAAAAAAAAUAUAUACUUAAAAUUGCAUAUGGAUUUUGGAGUGCAUGCCUAAUUUUUUGACAAAGCGAUGAGCUCAAGGGAUUCUGUAAAUAUAACUGGCAGAGCAUGCAUUUUCAGCUUUUUGUAGAAGAGUGUUUCAUUUUAAUUAAAGUGAAAGUGUAAAUGAGAAGAAAAAUACUAUUGAUCAUUGGUGAAUCUACGUCUUUAGGGAGAUUUUUCAGUUUUGUCCGCAAUUUAGCUGGCAAUUUGCAUGUUCCAUAGAUUGUUUGGACGCAUUCCUGUUUUGGCCUAAGUCUAGCGGUCACCGUCAACAAUAAAUUUAUUCAACAAUUCGUUAGCGGUCACUCUAAACGUGUUUUAGGUGACAACGCCCAUUCCAAACUCGUUCUAACCACGGAAACCUGACAUCUAGGCUAGUGGCAGCAAAAAUGUUUAUGACCCUGGAUCCUGAUUUAUGGCCAAAGGAGAGUCACAGAAGCAGGACAGUACGCUCAAAUCCAACCAUAGAUUGCAGAGACUAUAUGGUAAAUACAGCCAAAAACGAACAUUUGAUGAGCUGAUAGACUCUAUCCACAUAUCUAGACAGAUCUUUACUGCAUUAUUAGCAUCAUUGAGAGGCAAAUACAGAGCUCACUGUAGACAAUUUUGUACGAGUCUAAUUAGAUUCAUUUUGAUCCAGACUCAAUUGAAUUUAUUUUGG